AUGGCGAUAUUGCCCAACAUUGAUUUUCCGCCAUCUCUGAAGACAAGAGGAAGAAAACGAAAAAGACGCGGCAGCGACGCUAACGGCAGGACCAACCGUAACAACAGAGAGAAUCCAUGCCCACCUGACCUGUUUGUGGAUAUGACGUACUAUAAUCCAUCCAAAACUAAAGUCCUCCAGCAGCGGAGAAAGUUGGGGAGAGGAUCGGCACUACAGAGCACCGCUGCAUCGCCUCGAACGAAUGCACAAAAACAAACUUCGCUACCGAAGAAGACCCUAACUGAAAAGGACAGCACACAGCAAGACGAAUCACUUUUAGAAAAGUACGUUGAUCGGUUUCGUCACGGGCCACCACAGAGUCGGAAAGAGCGAGAGUGCUUGACAACAGAGGUUGCAAGAGAGCCAUUUUGGUGGACGUCGCCAUCACUCUCACCAACAUCCCGUUCCACUGUUACCCAAGGAAAUGUGCCAGAGAAAGUUCCAAAGGACGGCCAAAGCUCCAUCCGCAGGCUGAAUGACCAAUCACAGCACACCUUUCUCUCCCGCCACACUGACAAACAUGACUCUAAUGUUCUGGAUCCUUUGGAUCCAUCUCACGAUGAACUGACAGAACCAGAGGUUCUGAAGAUAAUGGAGAGAACCAGCCAACUGUUACACAGGAGUGAGCAGUCACUUGGCAGUGACUCGUUCAUCAUCAGCUCUGAGGGUAUGGGCUGCUCUAACCUCUCCUCUCCCAUCAGUGUGGAUGAACCAGUGCGAAGGCCAGCUGUCCCCAGUUUACUGCUCUCAGUCUCUGGUGGUAAGGCUGUGCCCAGUCUGUCCGGCACAUCUGCCAUAAAGACCCCACUGCGGCCUGAGGAUGACAUCCUGUUCCGCUGGCGUCUGAUGAGGAAGUAUGACCUGGCCAAACAGCAUGCACUGAUGCUUUCCCAGAAUGUCUCUCUCAACACGGUUCCUCUCUCACCUCUGAACGACAGACAAACACAGCAGGCCCAACCACAGUCCUUUAGUGCCAGCGCUCCGCAGACUGUACCCCUCUCCUUGUCUCCAGACCUGGGGAAGCCAUGUGAUCCUGGUCCUCCCCAGGUCCAAGUGCCUACCUGUCACAUGUCCAACCCCACCGUCUCCAGCAUUCAGCCUUACACCACCAUACAACCCCAUAUACACCACCUGUGUGACAUACUGCCCUGCGGUCUGCUCCAGUCCUCCAGGGAGAGCAGUCUGGGCGUGCCACAGCCAUCCACCUCCACGCUGCAUGACAGCAAUGUGGAGGCAUCUACAAAGCCCAGCAAUAAGAACGAACCCUGUCUGCCUCCCACCCCACAGCGCGAUAAGAACGAACCCUGUCUGCCUCCCACCCCACAGCGCGAUAAGAACGAACCCUGUCUGCCUCCUACCCCACAGCACAAUAAGAGCACAGAGACAGAGUGUGUGAGCAACCAGGGGAGGGGAGAAAUCCCUGUCAAACAGAGGAGUGAGACAGAGCCGAGUGAUGGAAAGACAUCGUCAUCCGGACGAAAGAAACAGGCAGUCAAGCACGCCUGCUGUCUGACUGGGAGCAGAGAGCGCAGUAAGAAGCAGUGCCAGAAUGAGGGGAGAGGACAAAGAGGCUACAGGACCAAGGAAUCCAGCCAACACAGCACAUUGCAUGAGAAAGGCCAAGGGUCUACACAGGGAGGUCACUCUAAAUGUCAAGCCCUACCUCCCUCUCCAAUACAUGGUGUUCUAGGACAGGUCAUCUCUGAGGUGCUUCUCCCUGCUCCAGAAUCACCAGACCAACAGAGGAACCUUUGCUCCUCGUACUCCGGCAGAUACACCACAUCCCCUUCCAGCAGCCUCCCCCAGCCCGGCCCUGAGACCACUCAGCUCUUGCAGUACGCUGAAGACUCAGAUGGACUGGAGUUUGAGGACGACCCAUUGCUGCAGGUUCUCCGACAGCAGAGGAGAUGGGUCAGAGAGAGAAUCUGUGAAGUGGACGCCAUGCUGGAUGAAAUUUGCUGA